GGGGGGGUGGAGGGGUGGGAUUGGAAGUAAGAAAUGAAAGAAUAAGCGAAUCUGGGCUAAAGGACCGAGGGGAAGAAAGCAGUUUGGAUUGAGAGAUGAAUAAAGUGGGAGAUGGAAGUGGGAGGGAACUUAAUGAAGGAAGUAAAUAAAAUAGUAAGAAAAAUGGAAAGGAGACAGAAGAGUCCAUGCCCCGGGAGAAAAGCAGCAGGAGGAGAACGUGCUGUGCAGCCAGGGAGGUGCUUGAAAGAGCUUUUUGACUCCUCCCCUGGAAAAGCUCGGCUCCCAGCCUUCCAGAAGCAGUCAGUCCAAUUGACUCCUACUGGUUUUGAGACUGGUUCACCCACUGGACACGACUUACAAAAGCAGGCACAAAAGCAAGGGGUUUAACCUCGCGCCCGCCGGUGUUCCGCUAUUGUGAUCAUUUCCGAAAUUCCCGGGACUGUUCUCUACCUACCCACUCCCCAUUUUGAAUCUUCUGACCCAGAAAAAGAGAGUGGAACCCCUCCUCCCAAGAUGCCUGCAGCCAAAGUGCUUCCCAAAGCAGAGUAAUGUAAACCAUCGUUGGAAUGAUGCCAUUGGAAAAUAGAGGUCCUGGUUUUACUGGUGCUGCUGAAAUUUGAGCUGCCACAGUCACUGAAGCUUGAGCCGGUAUUGAUUUGCCUUGAAGAAAGUGUACAUCUUGGGGAAUGUUACAUGAGCUCCCUUCUGUGGAUACAAUCUUUAAAAAAGUACUUGAAUCAAAGCAAUGGCAAAUGCCCCUCCUCCACUCAAUAAUUCCUUCCAUGAAAACGGGACUGUGUCACUUCAUUACAAUUAUGUAGGAAAACUGAAAGAGAGAUUAAAGGACAGUGAAGGGAAUGAGCUGACAGAUGCUAUUUUCCUAGUCAUCUGCAGCUUCAUCGUCCUGGAGAACUUGAUGGUUCUGAUUGCCAUUUGGAAAAACAAUAAAUUUCACAACCGCAUGUACUUUUUCAUCGGUAACCUUGCCCUUUGUGACUUGUUGGCUGGCAUAGCUUACAAAGUGAACAUCCUGAUGUCUGGAAAGAAAACCUUGAGCCUGUCAUUAACAGUGUGGUUUCUGCGGGAAGGCAGUAUGUUUAUUGCACUCAGUGCUUCAACUUGUAGUUUAUUAGCCAUAGCCAUCGAAAGACACCUGACUAUGAUUAAAAUGAGGCCUUACGAUGCCAAUAAAAAGUAUCGAGUAUUUCUCCUCAUUGGGAUGUGCUGGCUCAUUUCCUUUUCCCUGGGUGCCUUACCCAUCCUGGGGUGGAACUGCCUUGACAACCUCCCUGACUGCUCUACAAUUUUGCCCCUCUAUUCCAAGAAAUAUAUCGCAUUUUGCAUCAGUAUCUUCAUAACCAUUCUUGUGACAAUUGUGAUUCUUUAUGCACGCAUUUACAUCUUGGUGAAGUCCAGCAGCCGGAAGGUCACCAAUCACAACAACUCAGAAAGGUCCAUGGCACUGCUAAGGACAGUGGUGAUUGUGGUCAGCAUUUUUAUUGCCUGUUGGUCCCCACUGUUUAUCCUUUUUCUUAUCGAUGUCGCCUGCAAAGUUAAAGAGUGUGCUAUUCUCUAUAAGGCCCCAUGGUUCAUUGCCUUAGCGGUUCUCAACUCUGCCAUGAAUCCUAUUAUCUACACCCUGGCCAGCAAAGAAAUGCGGCGAGCUUUCUUUCGCCUUGUUUGUAAUUGCCUGGUGAGAAACAAAGUGACUCGGUCUUCACCCAGCCAGCCAGCUCUGGAUCAAAGUCGAAGUAAAUCGUGCAGUAGUAACAUUGGUAACAACAUACCAAAGCCGAGGGAAGACUUCCCACAAAUCAAUGCCUCCUCUAGCAUCAUUGAAAAGACUGAAUCUCUGUAUAAUGGGAUUUUUUGCCAGUGAAGCACCUGCUUUGAGGAAAGAACCAAGAGAAACCCUUUCCAAUUUCUGCAGACUUAAAUUAAAGGGGAAAACACUAUCCAGCUAUUUGACUAAGCUUCUAUUUAUUGCAUGAAUAUCUUCAAUUUUGUUUCUUUCGAAGUUAUGACUCAGGAAGAUUUGCUUUAUUCUACCCAAAGCCUAUAAGCUACAGGUGUACAUACAUUAAGGAGCAGAUUAUAUACUAUUGACAAUCUAGCCACAUAUAGUCGAUGUCAGUAUUACCAUCACCCUCAAGGUUCUUCCAACUUUAAUAAGCACUGCAGACAGCAGUGGAAACCAUACUCUCUAUGCCACACUGCACUGUGUAUUCUCAUCUGGGGACAACCUCACUGUAUCCUAUAACACACGGUGCAUUUCUUGAUUUGCCUCCAGCUAUUGUUUUGAUAGCAUCACUUGCUCCAUAAAGUAUAACUGCUUAUAUUUGUACAUUAAUAUGUUAAAUAGCAAUUACAUUAUGAAAGUUUACAUUAUGAUACAUAUAAUGUUGUAGCACAUAGUGUUUGUUAUGAAGCAGGCCAUACAAGAAUAUUGCCAGCUUAAAUAGUAUGUACGACUAUAUAAGAUGAAAUCAUUGUAAAUUUAAUUGGCAAGUCCUAACUUAUGAAGUGCCAGGGAUUAGAAUUCACCAAAGAAAGCAGCUGUUCGCCUGGUCUCUCAGACCCCGUAGAGAGGCUAGGGGGCACAGGGAAUAGAGCUCUGGACCUAGAGUCAGGAUCAACUGUUCAAAUCUGGCCUCAAAUAGAUACUUACUAGCCAUGUUACCCUGGGAAGGUCACAGCCUCUGUGGGACCCAAUUUCCUCAUCUGUAAAGCGGAGAUAAUAAUAGCACCUACCUCCCAAGGUUGUUGUGAGGAUCCAAUAAGAUGGUAUUUGCAACCUUAUGUUGCUAUGUAAGUGUUAGCUUAUCCCCUCAAUAUAGUUUGGUCAAGCCUAAGCCUAGUGGUGUGUUUAUAGCCUGGAGUGAUCUGGUCAUAUUGUCUUUGCCAGGACCCCCACCUGGCCUAUUUGUUGGAAGGUAUGUGAAGCACAUAAUAUGGUUCUGGGAUUAUUUUAGGGCAUAAGUGUCAUCUCUAGAGCAAGCCCAGAGAUCCAGAUAAAUCUAGAAUUCACAAGGGCUGCCUAGGAAUACAUCCAAACCCCAUUAUAAGAAUUUUGAAAUCAGAAUAGAGACAGGUAUAAACCAGUCCGUACACUUCCUGUGCCCCUUUGCCAGACCAUCUCAGAACAGAAUGGAGCUAGUUGCUAAGAGUAUGAGGGCAGACAGUUCCAUAUCUGAAAACCACCAAGACAAUAUGAUAUCUCAGCACCCACUAUUGCCGAGGUAAACAAAAUUUAAUACAUGUGGCUCUGAUCAAAAUUCCAUAGCAAAGUGUAAUAGCUACAAACAGUGACUGUUAUUUAACUGAAUGUCAGGUUUAAAAAAUGUAACUUGGCAGUUUCUACACGCAUUAAAAGUGUGUAUUUUACCAAGAGGCAAUUGUUAUCUUUGACAUGUUGAGACCUAUGUCUGUUUGCCUUUAUAAAGGAAUUCUUUUUAAAAAUG